GUAGUAAUCCUCGAAUGAAGUACGGAAGAAUAGCGGCAGCAUUCAAUUCAGCUCAAUCUUCAACAGUUUCACUUUGGCAAUGUUUGAGACCUCGUAAUUCCUCAGUCCAUUGUUUGCGAAAAUUGUUAUUUAGAUACUUGAUUGCAAAAGCAGUUGAAACUACAAAAGUUUCUUUUUUACGGUCAUCAUUCCAUCCGUUUGCUUUAGCAGCCAUCAUAAAAUCUUCAUACUAUUCUUGUAGGUCUUCUUUACUAGAACCAGAGAAUUUAGCAGGUUUGAUGAUUGCGGCCAUUAUUUCCUGUAGUGGUUCGAGUUCAGGUUCAG